UCAGUUGUCUGGCUUAUAGGUACACACAUGCUAGUACCCACAUCCUUCCUCUCACUCAUUUUCAUUUCAGCAUAAAAUUCAUUAUCUGGCUGUGCUGUUUUACUCUCAUUCAAAUCUCACCCCAUUACAAACUUCAAAUCAACUCACCCCACAUCCUCAUGUCAGGUUCACAACAUCUGAAGAAUAUUGAUAUAAAUGUAUACUACGGUGGACCUCUUAACAAUCCUGGGGGGAUUGAGGGAUUUCCAUUUACAGGGCCGGGUAUCCAAUGCUACCCCAUGAUGAUACGUCGUAAGUUGAAGACGUUGAAUGAUUUGAAGUUGAAAAUAAUGGACGAAUUGAAUUUGAACUCUGCUUGGUAUGACAUCAAGAUUAUUUAUCGUUACCCACAAGAAGUCCUACAUGAACGGAUAAAUUACGGGUAUAUGGCGAUUAAAGAAGACAAACAUGUGAAGAUGAUGUUUAAUAGGAUCCAGAAAAUGCCCCAAGUAAAUGCUGCUGAGUUGUACAUAAGUUCAGAGCCGCUUGCGGAAGUUGAUACUGAGAUGGUGCAACAAACAACUACGUCUUUACAAUUUACAGCCCUUGAUGAUGGAUGCACUGCAAUGGGAGGGUAUACAAUGGGAGAUUAUAUGCUCCCACCUCAAGAUCAUGUUGUAAAUACUGGUGAAACCCUCCAUUGUCAAGAGACACAUUUAGAGGAGGAUGACGAAGACGAAGACGAAGACGAAGACGAAGAUCAUGCAACGAAUGAUGGUGAAAGUAUUGAUGGUGUGGAUGAGUACGAAGAGAGGAUUGAACGAGGUGACCUUGAGAACGAUGUGGAUGACCAUGAAGUCGUUCCCCAUUUUGAAGAGGAAAAUAUGGAGUUCCAUGAUGAAGAUGAUGCAGACGAUGAUAUUGGCAUCCAGCGUGAUACAAAUACAACCACUGGCUACAGACCUCCUGCCGACUCAUUCUACGCAAAUACUUAG